AUGCCGCCCCGAAUACCAGGCGUCCAACGCCUCGGUACCUUCUCAUUAUGUCUACGACCGGCGAUUAAACCAGCGACUCCGUCUCUCCUCCCCAAAACCCAGACCGCGUCCCUGUCGCAAAAGGAGAAGAAGCGCCUAGCCAAGCAGGACCCCUAUCGAUGGGCGCAGAUGCAGCAGCGCAAGAACGCCCACCUGAAGCGCCGCGAAGAGAUCGACAGCGUCCGGACAGCACAGGCAGGUGACCCGGUCCGCGGCCUCACGACGCCCUUCGUCGAGUCCUUCGAUUCGGCCGGGCAGGCGCCGCUGUCGAAGCCGCCGGUCGAUGACGACGGCAACCCGCUGGAGGAGCCGCACGAGCUGCCCACUUCGCCGCACAUCCUCAACAACCUGAUCCACAAGGCCGAGAUGGACUCGGCGGUCGAGAACGCCUACGUGCUGACGCAGCCGCUGGAGACGGCCAUGACCGACGUAGACCCCCAGCUUUUGCAGAAGGCCCGCGAGGAACAUGACCAGCAGCACGCCAAGGCCAUCGAGGCUCUGCAGCGCAUCACGCAUCUGGACAAGGGGUCCGCAAAGGACAGACGCCAUGCCAAUAUCCGCAGAUGUGUCGAGACGUUUGGAAGGCACGAGACUGACUUGACCCUCCGACCGAAGGCCCUUUCCAGGGGUCAGGAGCGGGAGGAGCAGCCGGUGCGCGGUGGUCUCGACACGGGCAGCAGCGAGGUGCAGAUCGCCAUCCUGACGGCCAAGAUACGCGCUCUGGCCAACGAGCUGGAGAAGGGCAGAGGGUACAGGGACAAGGUGGGCAAGCGGGACUUGAGGCUCAUGGUCCACAGACGGCAGAGGCUCCUACGGUACAUGGACCGCAAGGAGAGAGGCAGUGACAGAUGGCAGCACAUGAUGGAGACGCUCGGCUUGAGCGACGCCACGUGGAAGAACCAAAUCACCUUGUAG